AAGUUCAACAGGACAAUAAAAGAGCAGCAGAAACAGCCAAGAAAACGAAGAGCCUUCACGUUUUUCACACAGAGCCCCCUAUCAGAGUUCUCGAAUUCUAAAGUAUUCUGCAAAGUGCCACUUGACCGGAACUUUUGGCCUGCCUUUUCCAUUCUCCAACCACCAUGACUGAGAUCACUGCUGAAGGAAAUGCAUCAACUACCACAACUGUGAUCGACAGCAAAAAUGGAUCGGUGCCCAAAUCCCCUGGAAAAGUGCUGAAGAGGACAGUCACAGAGGACAUAGUGACAACAUUCAGCUCCCCAGCAGCCUGGCUUCUAGUCAUUGCUCUGAUAAUCACAUGGUCAGCUGUUGCUGUUGUUAUGUUUGACCUAGUGGAUUACAAAAACUUUUCAGCGAGCUCAAUUUCCAAGAUUGGCUCAGAUCCUCUAAAACUUGUACAUGAUGCUGUGGAAGAAACCACGGACUGGGUCUAUGGCUUCUUUUCUUUGUUGUCUGAUAUCAUCUCGUCUGAGGGUGAUGAAGAAGAUGAUGAUGAUGGGGAUGAGGACAUUGAUAAAGGAGAAAUAGAGGAGCCUCCCUUGAAACAAAAAGAAAUACACAAAGAAAAGACUGAAAAGCAGGAGAAAACUGAAAGGAAAAUACUAACUAAAGUUGCACACCGAGAAAAAGAAAAAGUAAAAGAAAAAGAAAAAUCUGCAAAGAAAGCAACUCACAAGGAAAAAAGUGAGAAAAAAGAAAAACCAGAAACAAAGACAAUGGCAAAAGAAGAGAGGAAAGCCAAGGCGGAAGAGAAGAUUAAAAAGGAAGUGAAAGGUGGGAAACAAGAGAAAGUGAAGCCAAGAGCUGGAAAAGUCAAAGAAGUACAGAAAACACCACCUAAGCCCAAAGAGAAGGAGGGGAAAGAGUCUGCGGCUGUGUCCCAGCAUGAACAGAAAGAUCAGUAUGCAUUCUGUCGAUAUAUGAUUGACAUGUUUGUCCAUGGGGAUUUAAAACCAGGACAAAGUCCAGCCUUACCACCUCCAUUCCCAACAGAACAAGCUUCCAGACCCACUCCGGCAUCACCUCCUCUUGAAGAAAAAGAAGAGGAAAAGAAGAAAGCUGAGAAGAAAGUGACUUCUGAAACAAAAAAGAAAGAAAAAGAAGAUGUCAAAAAGAAAACGGAUAAGGACACUGCCAUUGAUGUGAAAAAAAAAGAUCCAGGGAAAGCUCCUGAAACCAAAAAAGGAACUAUAAAAGUUGCGGCACAAGCAGCAGCUAAAAAAGAUGAAAAGAAGGAAGAUUCUAAGAAAACAAAAACACCUGUAGAAGAACAUCCCAAGGGAAAAAAACAGGAAAAGAAAGGAAAACAUGUGGAACCAGCAAAGUCAUCAAAGAAGGAACAUUCAGCUCCAAGUGAAAAACAAGUAAAAGCAAAAACUGAACGAGCCAAAGAAGAGACUAGUGCUGCCUCAACUAAAAAAGCAGUACCUGGAAAGAAGGAAGAGAAAACAACCAAGACAGUGGAGCAAGAAAUUAAAAAAGAAAAAUCCAGGACGACUUCCUCAGUUUUGAAGGAUAAAGAGCUUAUUAAGGGGAAAGAAGUGAAAGUUCCAGUUUCCCUAAAGGAAAAAGAACGUGAAAUUAAAAAAGAUGAAAAGAUUCCCAAAGCAGGCAAAGAAGUCAAGCCUAAGCCUCCACAGCCACAAGUAAAAAAAGAAGAGAAACCAGAGUCACAAGUUAAAAAGGAAGCUUUAAAACCAGCUUCAUCUGAAAAAACUCAAAUGCAUAAACAAGACAUAGUGAAACCAGAAAAGACUGUUUCUCGUGGGAAACCAGAAGAAAAAGUUGUCAAGCAGAUAAAAGCUACCACUAUAGAAAAAACAGUCAAGCCCAAACCAGCAAAAAAAGCUGAACACCAAGAAAAGAACUCUCCAUCUAUAAAAACAGACAAACCUAAACCAACUUCAAAGGAAACAUCAGAAGUCAUAGAAUCAGGGAAGAAGAAAAUUGAAAAAUCUGAAAAAGAAAGUAAAGAAAAAGCAGAAAUGAAACAUCUUAAAGAAGAAAAAGUCUCAACAAGAAAAGAAAGUCUUCAAUCACACAACGAGACGAAAGCAGAAAAGCCUGCAAGAGUAUCAAAAGAUUUGGAAGAUGUAUCAGCUUCAAAGAAAGCUAAAGAAGAAGCUGAAGAUGUGUCUUCCACAAAGAGGCAAAAAAGCCCCAUCAGUUUCUUCCAGUGCGUCUACUUGGAUGGAUACAAUGGCUAUGGAUUUCAGUUUCCUGUCACUCCUGCACACCGUCCUGGAGAGAGCACUGACCAGCCAAGUUCUCCAGGACAGAAGCAACAAGGACAAUAG